AUGAAUUUAAUGAAAAGUACACAUGAGAAUAAUUCAAAUUAUGAAAAUUAUACACCUUAUUUCUCAUAUAUGGAUAAUAAUAAUAAUAAUAAUAAUAAUAGUGAUAAUCAUUAUAAUUAUUAUAAUUAUUUAAAUAGAACUGAAAUGUUAAAUAAAAUGAUAUUAGAAAACAGUGAUUUAAGUAUAUCACCAAUUUGUUCUAGACCAACGUUUACAUUACCGUUGACAUCAUCAACAUGUUCACUAUCUGAUUAUUCAAUGUCAUCUAAACAACAAAUAGCUGAUUCGAUUAUUUCAUAUCCAAAUGAACAGAAACUAAUGACUAGAAAACAAACAUUACAAGAGAAAAGUCAAUUGGAUGAAUAUUAUAGUUUUGAUAAAAUUUUUUCUCUCCCCUCCUCAUAUGUUCAUUUGAAAACAAAUAUAUCAAAUUUGAAUAGUGUUUCAUCUGAAUUCAGUGACCAAUAUAAACCAUUCAUUUAUCAUAUAAAUAAUAAUGAUCAAUUAACUAAUGAAAAUACAAAUGGAAAGUUUGUUCGUCAAUUGAAAAAAAGUAAACGAUCUAAUCAUUAUUCACGUCGAAUGCCAAAUUAG